ACAGUUUUCGUUUGCACAGAGUAGAAGAAAAAAGGGAAGCUGUGAGCCGUUCAGCUUUUCCUCGCCUUGUUUGUACAGCAUUCAAAUAGUGUUGUGUGCAAUAUCGAUCGACAGGGAUAUACUAACAAGAAAUGGAUCCAUUUACUGAGAAACUGUUGGAGCGGACCCGAGCUCGCAGAGAAAAUCUGCAGAAGAAACUGGCAGAGCGACCAAAUGCAGCAAACCGACAGAUGGUCAAACGGCCCAGAGAGCCGCUGGCUGACACCAACAGUGUGAUCAGCGAGUCCGCGUUCGAUAAAGUUCCACAGGUGUCCUCCAAGCCGUGUCCCUCAAAGCGCAGGUGUUCCGAGGAAAAUGUCCCGUCCACAGCCGGCGCGGAAAACCAGGAGCCGGUCACUCACGUGCUCUCGGACCCUCUCACGGACAGGAAGCCGCCGGCGGGGCCCGCCAGCGUUCGCCAUUCGUCCUCGCUGGAGAAGGCGGCUUCCCGCCCGGCCCUCCCGCCUCAGCCAGAGCAGCUGAACUCUCCACAGGCGGAGGAAAUGACCCCAGCUCCCACUCUGCUGAGCAGCAGAGAAGAGGAGAUGGUCAGUUUAGCUCCGCAGGGGAACGAGGACCCGGUGGAGGUCAGGCCUCCACCUGCUGCUGGCAUGAAGUCUCGUCUGCAGAGGCUAGCACAACAGAGACAGUAUUGGGAUGGUGAUGACUCCCAUGAUGCAGUUCCAGACUGCACUCCUACGUCCCCUUUGAAGACACAAGCCGAGGCCCCGCCGGCUGCCGUCCACGCCGAGUCCUCGGGGACUCCAGUUGGGAGGAGGGGCCGACUGGCCAACCUCGCCGCCACCAUUGGAACCUGGGAGGAUGACUUGAGCCACGCCAACAUUCCCAGGGAGAGCGCCAAAGAGAAGCCUGCCACCACGGCGCCCGGGUCGGCGGUCAGAGGCGCUGCUGUGGCUGCCAGCACUAAGCCAGGUGCUGCGGGCCGCGUGGGGGCCACUUCGACGCCAAGCAGCAAGUUUGCACCCAACUCGCAGGUUGUGAAUUGUCCAGCAAAGCCGAGCCGACUGAUUCUCCCCAGCAGCCCUCACAAGGCUGAUCUUCCUGCAGCCAGACCGGCUCUCAAGUCCGUAAUCAGUCCCCAGAAGAGCUCCAAUCAGGCGGUGACCUUCGCUUCCAGUCCUCUGAAGAGCUCCAAUCAGGAGAGGACCUUCCCUUCUAGUCCCCAGAAGGGUUCCCUCCAGGGAAAAGCCUUGCCAUCUAGUCCCCAGAAAGCUGGUCCCGUCUCCUCGACAUCGGUGCCUCAAAGUCCCCUGAAGCAUCAGGCCCUCACCACCAGGGGUCCCGCCUCCAGCCCCCAGAAACCCAGCGCUUCUGCCCCCCGGGAGACGGGCACUCCUGUUGUCAAAUCCUUUCUGGAGCGCUUUGGAGAGAGAUGCCAGCAGCGCACCAACCAGGGCUCUCCAGCUGGGGGCGCUACCCAAUCAAAGACUCCCACCGUGACGCCAUCCUCGGUCACACCAAACACCAGACUGGUGCAGGACCGGCUCAAAGCGGCCCGGACUGCGAACACCACCUGCGCUGAACUCGCCCAGAAACAGAAGCUGGAGCGAGAGUCUGAGCUGGGUCAGAUCCGUAGUCGCUUUCAGAAGGGGAACAACAACAACAUGUGGAAAAACAACAACAAUGAUGAAUCAGCAGAAACCAAUACAAAUAAAGACCUCAAGGAGCAGCUUGACAAGCCCGUGGAGACUGAAGUGGCCCUGUGUGACCCACAGGAGGAACCAGCGUCUACCGAGAGUGUAGAGACGCCCACAAAGUGCCCCCCUCCAGCAUCUCCAAGGUGGAUGACGUCACCUCCCGCCUCAACAUCCAGCCCCCUGAAGGCAGUCGGUCGUCCUGUAGAGCAAAGAAGUGUCGAACCCCCAGAAGAAGAAGAAGAAGAAGAACAGGAGGUGGUCAAGGAGACCGAGAUGAAUGUGGACGAGUCCAUCAACUCUGCUGUUAUCACUGAGCUCUUUGAUAGAGCCCUGGACCACAGUGAUGAUGAUGAGGACGAGGAGGAAGAUGCUUUGAAUAUCUCCUCCAUGUCCCUCCUCACUCCACUAGCGGAGACUGUGGCUGCUGUGGUGAAUAGUCCCGAGAGGCAGAUGAUGACGUCGACUCCGGCCGGCUCGUUCAUCGCAAAGAGCAACACGCCAGGCAAUGUGUCCAGACCCAGCAAGUUCCAGAGGACCAACAUCAAGCGGACCGGCUCCUCCGAGACCUUGGACGAGGACCACAAACUGCCCUAUAGCAUCUCUGCAUACAGGUCCACCAGAGUGAAGGAGGCCGAGAGAUCCAGCGUGAAGCAGGUGAUCGUGAGGAAGGAGGACGUUUCUCACCGUGCAGAGGUGGCGACCGGCUCCAGUCUCCCCAGCGUCAAGCAGAAGAUGAAGAUUCUGACAAACGAGUUGAACCUGCAGCAGACGGUCAUCCAUCAGGCCAGUCAGGCGCUGAACUGCUGCACAGAUGAGGAGCACGGCAAAGGCUCCCAGGUGGAGGCCGAGGCCGAGAGGCUGCUGCUGGUGGCAACGGAGAGGAGGGAGGCGCUGAAGGCCGAGCUGGACCGUCUGAGAGGAGACCCAAAGGGCCCGAAGAAGUCCUCUGCGGCUGCAGAACCUUCCGGCAUGUCCGCCUCCAAGGGCUCCGUCACCCUGCAGGAGUUGCGGCUGCCUCUCAAGGCAGACUUUGUUUGCUCCAUUGCCAACAAGCCAGAAUCGACCAAACAUUCCUUCUUCCUGAUGAUCCGCGCCGGAGCAGAGAACACUGUGGCCACACCUUUAGCCAGCACCCACCGGGGGCUCAGCGGGGACACCCUGGCCUUCCCCACCAAGUUCACCAUAAUGGAUGUCUCCAGCAACUUUGAAAUUGAUAUUGAGGUCUAUUGCUUGGUGCAGAAGCGAGACGUCUGCAGCGACAAGAAGAAGAAACCCACCCAGCAAAUGAUAUGGAGAGAGGUUCAUGAGGCCCAUUAUAUGUGUAUGUCGGCAAUCACUCCAAAGAGAUUCCUCGCCAUCACUAAAAGUGCUCAGACACCAGUUGUAGCGAGUCCAGGAGGCCCCAAUGCCGUUCGCACCAGUAACUUCGUCCUGGUUGGAUCGCACAAGCUCACCCUGUCAUCUAUUGGCAAGAACAAAUUUCCUUUGGAGAAGAUCAAAUAUGAAGGAUGUGAAAGAGAACUGCUCAGUGACAUGUUUCAUACCAAGGUGCCCUUCCUGUGCCCCCUGGAGGGCCACGUCUACCUCAAGAUGCAGUGUGAGGUCGGCUCCAAAGUGGAGGAGAAGGGCUUCCUGACGAUGUUUGAAGAUGUGAGCGGGUUUGGAGCCUGGCACAGGAGGUGGUGCGUCCUGUCGGGAUACUGCAUCUCUUACUGGACCUACCCGGACGAUGAGAAGCGCAAGAAUCCCAUCGGGCGCAUCAACCUGGCGAACUGCACCAGCAGGAAGGUGGAACCGGCCAACCGGGAGUUUUGUGCCAGGCCCAACACGUUUGAGCUCAUCACAGUCCGGCCCCAAAAAGAGGACGACAAAGAAACUCUAGUCAGCCAGUGCCAGAAUACCAUGUGUGUCACCAAAAACUGGCUGUGUGCAGACACCAAGGACGAGAGGAACCUGUGGAUGAGAAAGCUGAACCAGAUUGUGGUGGAUCUGCGCAUGUGGCAACCGGACGCCUGUUACGGGCCGCAGUGAUCACACACACACACACACCGCCCUUCUGUCCUUUGGACCGUCUGUCGGUGACGCAUGCAAAUACAAAGUGCAAUACACUAAGAAUUAAAAAAUAUUAUCAAUAAUCAGAGACGUAUAAGUUAGAGGAGUAAAUUUAAAAGAAAAGCCAUUGAGACAUUUCAGUAUUUUCAGUUGGCACUGUAUAUUUUUAAAUUCAUUUCCAUACUGGUUUGAUAUUCUCAUGUUUUUGGGCUAUGGUUGAGUUACCAGAAUUUUAUGUUGAUGCUAAUAUUUAGUGUCCUUGACACACGAUGCAUGGGUUGAAAUCAUUUGGUCUCGAUGCCAAAAUCACUGUUUUAUAAAUGAUAGAUUGCAGAGGCACCACCGUUUCUACCAUAUUUUAUCCUGCAUGACAGAACAAUACUGCAACUUCUUGUACUUUUAUAUAUUUGCUUUCAUGACGUUUGGCUGUUUUUUUUUUUAACAUGUUUCUUUCUCCAGUGUCAGACCCCGACUUUCAAUGUAGUCGUAAUGUUAGUGACGCGUCUUUGCUUCGGUGUGGAAGGUGGUCUGUUACAUGGUCCACGCUAGACUACGACCAAUAUUUAUUCCAUGCAAACCGUUCACUAACCUUGUGUUACGGCUGUAAAUGGCUCGUCCACACAUCCGUACGCUAUUUUAUUCAGUAGCAGCAGAGUUUCAUUUUUGGUGUAUGUGUUAAAUUUCUUAAUUGCUGCAAACAGUGCUUUGAAAACAAUACAGAGGGUGUGUGUACCGUGCACUUUUAGUCAGACUUUGGAUAUAUUUAUUUUAAGAGGUGGACUCGUCUAAAGCCGAUGGAGCGAUCACAGAUUUAUGCAACAGACCUGACGGAACCUUCAACUGUUCUUAGAUGCGAUUCCAGUGUUUUCCAUCAUGUUGUGGUCAUGGAUGGGCCGGUCAGUCUGUUUUGCUCCUGCGUACCUUUUUCAUCAUGAAGAAUAUGGGAAGCAGCUUCCAGUGGCUUCUUUGACUGACUUCAGUUCUUUUGUUAGGUUGGUUGCAGGUCUUUGUGGUUGAGAGACUUCAAUAAAGGCCUGACCAAUGCAUGAGGUUUUUAUUGUCAUUUUAUUUAAAUGUAUUAAAUAGAGAAAUGUCUUAUGUUCUGAGAUUUUGGUAUUAUUGUCUCUUUAAAAUAAAGACUGCUAUUUUUGAUUCUUUAAAACCUUCAUAGUAUGUCAAAGUAAAUGCCAUAUUUUUAAACUGAUGUCAAAGAGUUUACUGUUAAAAUUAGGGCCGGGACUUUAGCGCGUUAAUUACAAUU